AUGAAUCGCUUCGAUCUCGAAAAGACAGCAAACGCCAAACCCUGUUCAAGCGACAAUGGUUCUACUAAGCUGACAGACUCCGAUUCCGACGCGGCCAGACUGGCUGAAAUGGGAUAUACCCAAGACUUGAACCGCAACUUUUCAAUUCUCUCUCUCAUUGGAAUUGCGUUCUGUAUGUCUAACUCAUGGUUUGGUAUUUCUGCGUCCAUGAUUACGGGUAUCAGCUCUGGAGGUACAGUCCUUAUUGUCUACGGAUUACUCUGGAUCACUUUUAUAUCGCUUGGUGUGGGAGCUUCGCUUGCUGAGCUUGCAAGUUCCAUGCCAAAUGCUGGUGGCCAGUAUUUUUGGGCUUAUGAGUUAGCUCCUCCAAAAUAUGCUCGCUUCGCCUCCUAUCUGACUGGUUGGUUUGGAUAUGCGGGAGCUAUCUUUGCAUGCUCAAGCGUUGUCCUUGGCUUGGGCGAGGCUAUUGUGGGCAUGUGGCAAUUAGGCCACCCAGACUUCGUGGUCAAAGCAUGGCACAUCGUUGCAGCUUACCAAGUGAUUAACUUCUUCUGCUUUCUUUUCAACUGCAUUGGCAAGUUGCUUCCGGCCAUUGCGAAAGCUACGUUGUACAUCUCUUUGGUAUCUUACUUGGUUAUUCUUGUCACUGUUCCAGCAUGUGCGCGUCCUCAUGCAAGUGCAGAAUUUGUCUUCGGUCACUUUUCCAACACUACAGGAUGGAAGUCCGAUGGUAUGGCAUUCAUCGUUGGAUUGAUCAAUCCAAACUGGAUCUUCGCGUGUCUUGACUCGGCAACUCAUCUUGCUGAGGAGGUUCCUGAGCCAGAGAAGAAUAUUCCGAUCGCUAUCAUGGCCACUGUCGGAAUUGGAUUCGUGACCUCGUGGACGUACUGCGUAUCAAUGUUCUUCGGCAUCAAGGACCUUGAUGCUCUAGUCAACUCUACCACUGGUGUCCCUAUCUUACAGCUCUACUACCAAGCCUUGGACAACAAGGCUGGUGCUAUUGUUCUCGAGACUUUGCUGUUUGUCACUGGUAUGGGAUGUCUGAUUGCAUGCCAUACAUGGCAGUCUCGCCUUUGUUGGGCAUUCGCGCGUGAUCGUGGACUACCAGGCCACCAAUGGCUAGCCAAGGUCAACCCGACUCUUGAUGUUCCUCUUAUCUCUCACUCCGUGAGCUGCUUUAUCGUUGGUCUUCUCGGUCUAUUAUACCUCGGCUCUUCGACUGCAUUCAACAGCAUGAUGACUGCGUGUAUCUCGCUUUUGUAUGUCUCUUAUGCCAUCCCGGUUCUCUUUUUGUGGUACCGUGGUCGUGAUAACAUCCAUCACGGUCCAUUCUGGCUUGGGAAACUUGGCAUGGCUGCAAACGUUGUGACAAUUUUGUGGACGAUCUUUUGCAUUGUCAUGUACUCUUUCCCAUCCACUAUGCCAGCAGAGACAAGCACUAUGAAUUACGUCUGUGUGGUGUAUGCCGUGGUGGUUUUUAUCAUGGUCGUAGACUGGUUUGCGCGUGGAAGUCGUUCGUUCAAGUCGAACGAGUCUUCGGAAACGAAAGUCGAAAUCAUGGAAUAA